CGAGACAAUAACAGACAGCUCUUCUCUCCUCCUCGCCUGGAUCCCUCGCUCUCCUCUCCGUCGAUCACCGCCGGAGGCGUCUUUUUUGUGGACUUCGUCAGCGGCACCGACGCGAUCACCAUGGAUGCUUGGCGGCGCUUUCAGUAGGGUUUCUACCUGGAUCGAGAUGAGGUAAAUUGGUUUCGUUCUCUUGCUUUGCAAUUCUCCUUCAGAAUAAGCGGAUGGAUUGGAUCUCUGCUCGAUUUGGCGUGCGAUUCGUGAUUCGAUCUGAUCGUUUUGGAUUCGGCAGUUCGUCGGCUAAAAUUCUGAUUUUGGCUCAGUGAACUGCGGUUUAAUCGCAGCCUCAUCUGGUUGUCAUCAGUUUGGUCUGAUGAAGUGGACUGCUGUGGACCUGGGAAGGGAGUCGAGUUCUUCGUCCUAUUCACACGUGCCAUGGUUUCUCCCGCCUUCCGGAUUCUUCUCUUUCGCCUUCCAUGUCGCACCCGCGUUCUCCAAUGAAAAUGGGCGAAGGCCCUAACGCCUCCCUCUCAGAGAUCUCGAUACUAGUGCUUCAAUGGCCUCUUCCCACUUCCUCCUCGUGUCUCUCCCUCUUACCCCUUCCCCUGUCCCAAUCUCUUUUCGCCCCAAGCUCCAGUCUUGGCAACCUCGCAGAUUCCGGCUCCGGCUCCGCUCCCGCCGCAGAGAUGGACGUCUACCAAUGUUCUCGGCCCGGGAUCAGGAAGAGCUACCGAAGUCGUCUUCUUCACCUGUUGCCGUCGCUACCGAUGAGGUUGGUGAUAGCAGGCCGGAUAAGGUUGUGGAAAGUGGGUCGGCGGUGGGAGGAGAACUGGAUGAGGAGGCUCGGCAGCAGGAAGUGGAUUGGAAGACGGACGAGGAGUUCAAGAAAUUCAUGAGCAAUCCCUCCAUAGAGGCUGCGAUCAAGCUCGAGAAGAAACGGGCUGAGCGGAAGCUCAGGGAGCUUGACAGGGAAUCCGAUGCCAAUCCCCUCACUCUUCCUUUGAGGAUUCUGCUCAGGGAUAGCCUAGCCAAAGAGAAGGAGAGAUUGGAGAAGGCAGAAGAGACAUUCAAGGCUCUGGAUCUAAACAAGCUCAAGAACUGCUUUGGUUUUGACACAUUCUUUGUUGUGGAUGUUCGGAGGUUUGGUGAUGGUGGUAUUUUCAUUGGCAAUUUGAGGAGACCGAUCGAAGAGGUCAUGCCGAAGCUGGAAAAAAAGCUCUCUGAGGCAGCUGGCCGGGACGUGGUGUUGUGGUUCAUGGAGGAGAUGAAGGACGACAUAACCAAGAAGGUGUGUGUGGUGCAACCCAAAGCAGAAAUUGAUCUUCAAUUUGAGUCGACAACGCUGAGCACACCAUGGGGAUAUUUGAGUGCCCUAAUGCUGUGUGUUGCGACAUUUGGAACUAUAGCAUUGAUGAGUGGCUUCUUCCUUAAGCCCGGCGCUACUUUUGACGAUUACAUAGCAGAUGUUCUCCCCCUUUUCAGCGGCUUUCUUUUGAUCUUAGGUGUAUCAGAGAUUACAACAAGGGUAACAGCAGCUCGCUAUGGUGUUAAGCUCAGUCCAUCAUUCCUUGUGCCAUCAAAUUGGACUGGAUGCAUAGGGGUCAUGAAUAACUAUGAAUCACUAUUGCCCAAUAAAAAGGCUCUAUUCGACAUCCCUGUUGCACGCACUGCCAGUGCCUAUAUAACAUCACUAACCCUUGCCAUCACUGCUUUUGUAGUUGAUGGUAGUUUCAAUGGUGGAGACAAUGCUUUAUUUAUCAGGCCGCAAUUCUUCUAUAACAAUCCACUUCUUUCAUUCAUUCAACUUGUGAUAGGACCUUAUGCUGAUGAAUUGGGCAAUGUACUACCAAAUGCAGUUGAAGGGGUUGGAGUACCUGUUGAUCCUCUUGCUUUUGCUGGACUUUUAGGAAUAGUUGUGACAUCCUUGAAUCUACUACCAUGUGGAAGGCUUGAAGGCGGGCGCAUCGCACAGGCUCUUUUGGGAAGGAGAACUGCAGCCCUAUUAUCGUCCGCGACAUCCUUGCUCCUCGGAAUCGGUGGCCUCAGUGGCAGUGUGCUCUGUUUAACCUGGGGCUUAUUUGCUACAUUCUUCCGUGGCGGGGAGGAACUGCCUGCCAAGGAUGAGAUCACCCCGUUGGACGACAACCGUUACGCUUGGGGUUUCAUCUUGGCCUUGAUUUGCUUCCUCACCCUUCUUCCAAAUGGUGGCGGCACAUUCUCCAGCUCCUUCUUUAACCCGCCGUUCUUCAGAGGAGACGUCUAUUAGCUGAGGCACUACCUCAUAUGUUCUUUCCGUUGUCCAUGUUAAAAUAUAUUUUGACUUGUAUGCAAAGUAACUUUCUCAUUUGGAUAAUCUUCAAUGCUUAAGAUUUUGAACUUA